GGCUGCGGGGAGGCCCAUAUUGGGCAGUGUGAGUGUUUGGGGAUGAUUGUGUCAGGCGGGGCUUCUGCAGCUGCCCCUGUGACCCCGGCCCGGUGAGCGCCCACCCCGGGCCGCGCCCCGCUCCCGGGAAGGAAUGCUUUGUGGCAUCUCUGCUGCCUUGUGAGCAAUUAAACAUGCAAAUAGCCCCUCAGAAAUCAGACUAAAUUCAAAGAAGACUCUAUUUAGAAGUAUGGCGUGUAUCGUGGAGAGCAAGAUUGUGGGAAAAGAAAAACAGCAACAUAGCUUGACUUUACUUAGCAAAAUUAAGAACAUGAAAGAAUUAGCGGAAAUGAUAGAUGUGGUGCUCAUAGCAGAAGGGGAGAAAUUUCCCUGCCACCGACUGAUUUUGGCUGCCUUUAGUCCUUAUUUCAAAGCCAUGUUCACCUGCGGCUUGCUUGAAUGUGCUCAGAGGGAAGUCAUACUCUAUGAUAUUACAGCAGAGAGUGUAUCUAUAAUAUUAAACUAUAUGUACAAUGUGGAUUUGGACAUCAAUAAUGCCAAUGUGCAGACUGUAGCUGUGGCUGCCUACUUUAUGCAAAUGGAUGAAGUCUUCAACAUGUGCCAAAAAUAUAUGAUGGACCACAUGGAUGCCUCCAAUUGUGUAGGAAUCUAUUAUUUUGCCAAACACAUUGGGGCAGAAGACUUGUCUGAUCAAGCCAAGAAAUAUUUAUAUCAGCACUUUGCUGAGGCCAGCUUACAUGAAGAAAUUCUAGAAAUUGAUGUGGACCAACUGAUGGGGCUCAUUAAAUCAGAUGAUCUUAAUAUUUCCCGAGAGGAGAGUAUUCUGGACUUGGUUUUGAGGUGGGUAAACCAUAACCGAGAUUUUCGCCAGGACUCCCUUGUUGAACUUUUGAAACAAGUGAGACUGGGACUCGUGAAUCCUUCUUUCUUAAGAGAAGCAUUGAAAAGGAACACGGCACUUCUCUGCAACUCAGAUUGUCUUGAUCUCAUCCAGGAUGCCUUAGAUGCCAUCAAGAAAUCCAAACAGCAUUCUCUAAAUCUCCGUUAUGGAAUGGAGACCACUAAUCUUCUGCUUUGUAUUGGCAACAAUUCCACGGGGAUCAGAUCGAGGCAUGGCAACUAUGGAGAUGCUAGUUUUUGCUAUGUUCCUACAACACGGAAGACCUACUUCCUCUCCUCUCCGAAGUAUGGAGAAGGUUUAGGAACUGUAUGUACGGGGGUCGUGAUGGAGAACAACGACAUCAUUGUGGCAGGGGAAGCCAGUGCCUCUAAAUUAUCCAGACAAAAGAAUAAGAAUGUAGAGAUCUAUCGGUACCACAACCGGGGAAACAAAUUUUGGGAAAAGUUAUGCGCCACUGAGUUUCGGGAGCUUUAUGCCCUAGGCAGUGUCUAUAGCGACCUUUAUGUUAUAGGAGGACAGAUGAAAUUGAAAAAUCAGUAUCUCGUUACAAACUGUGUUGACAAAUAUUCAGUGGAACACGACAAUUGGAAAAGGGUGGCUCCUCUUCCAUUACAACUAGCAUGCCAUGCUGUAGUAACGGUGAAUAAUAAACUUUAUGUGAUUGGAGGAUGGACCCCACAGACAGAUCUCCCUGAUGAUGAGCCUGAUCGAUUAAGCAACCGACUGUUGCAGUAUGACCCUCGCCAAGAUCAAUGGAGAGAGAGGGCACCAAUGAAGUACUCUAAAUACCGAUUCAGUACUGCCGUAGUCAACAGUGAGAUUUAUGUUUUGGGUGGAAUCGGCUGCCUGGGUCGAGACAAGGGCCAAGUUCGUAAAUGCCUCGAUGCUGUGGAGAUCUACAACCCAGAUGGGGAUUUUUGGAGGGAGGGGCCCACAAUGCCAACUCCCCUCCUCUCCCUUAGAACCAAUUCUACCAACGCAGGAACAGUAGAUGGAAAACUAUAUGUCUGUGGGGGUUUUCACGGAGCAGAUCGGCAUGAGAUUAUCUCCAAGGAAAUCUUGGAGCUGGACCCAUGGGAAAAUCAGUGGAAUGUCGUGGCCAUCAAUGUCCUCAUGCAUGACAGCUAUGACGUCUGCCUUGUGGCCAAGAUGAAUCCCAGGGAUCUCAUUCCCCCACCUUCAGAUUUAGUAGAAGAAAGCGGUUAAAGCUGAAAUACUGUUACUGUAGAGAUGCCAGAUUGAGUUGCAAAUGAAGAGUUUAGAACAGAGAAAGCCACAUAAAUUCCCCUUUGUUCAUUCAGC